GGUUGACUUGUUAAACAACUAACCUCACCUACCAUCACUUCACCUCUUCUUCUAUCUUCUCAUCUCCCCCAUCAUCAAACCCUAUCCACCACCAAUGGCCUCCUCCACCCCACCCACUUUAUCCACCGCUAAACCCUACCAGAACCACCACAUCCACCACCCCCACCCCCACCGCCGCACCCACAACGGCCACACCUCCCUCCACCCUCCUCCACCAAGAAACCCCACCACCACCAAGCCCCCCAACCCCAUCCCCACCACCGUCGCAGCUGCCCCCCACCACCGUAACCCUAAUUUCACCCCUCUUUCCUCUUCCAAAUCCGAACUUGCUGCCGAUUUCUCCGGUCGCCGCUCAACCCGGUUCGUUUCCAAGAUGCAUUUCGGCCGCCCGAAAGCCGGCGGCUCCGUUCGCCACUCGGUCUCAGCCGAAGAAGCUCUCCAGCAGCUGAUUCGGGCUAGCGGUGAUGAUCGGUUGGUUGAAAAUGUGUUACAUAGUUUUCAAUUGAAAUUAUGUGGGUCUGAUGAUUAUAACUUCUUGUUACGAGAAUUGGGUAAUCGAAACGAGUGGUCUAUGGCGAUCCAGUGCUUCGAAUUCGCGGUUAACCGCGAAAGAAGGCGAACCGAGCAAGGUAAAUUAGCUAGCUCUGUUAUUAGUGUGCUUGGUAGAUUGGGGAAAGUUGAAUUAGCUAAAAAGGUGUUUGAAACUGCUGUUAGUGAAGGGUAUGGGAACACUGUUUAUGCUUAUUCUGCUUUGAUUAGUGCUUAUGCGAAAAGCGGGCUGUGUGAUGAUGCGAUUAAGUUGUUUGAGACGAUGAAGUUGUCGGGUUUGAAGCCGAAUCUUGUUACGUAUAAUGCGUUGAUUGAUGCGUGUGGGAAAGGGGGUGCGGAUUUUAAACGGGCUUCGGACAUUUUCGAUGAUAUGUUGAGUAACGGGUUUCAGCCGGAUAGGAUUACUUACAAUUCGCUUUUAGCGGUUUGUAGUGGUGGCGGGUUGUGGGAGACCGCCAUGAAUUUGUUUAACGAAAUGUGUUAUCGAGGGAUCGAGCCGGAUAUUUAUACGUAUAAUACGCUUUUGGAUGCUGCUUCUAGUGGUGGACAUAUGGAUUCUGCUUUUCAAAUAAUGGCGGAAAUGACAGCGAAGAAUGUUAUGCCCAAUGAGGUUACGUAUAGUACGGUGAUUCGUGGGUGUGCGAAGUCAGGGAGGUUAGAUCAAGCACUAAGUUUGGUUAGUGAGAUGAAGUAUGCAAAUAUUCGUCUUGAUCGCGUUUCUUACAAUAAUCUUUUGGCUAUAUAUGCAAGUUUAGGACGAUUUGAUGAGGCUCUUAACGUCGUGAAAGAAAUGGAAAACACGGGUUUUAGAAAAGAUGUUGUGACUUAUAACGCACUUCUUGACGGGUUCGGAAAACAGGGGAGAUACGAUAAGGUUAAAGAAUUGUUUAAUAGGAUGAAAAACGAACGGGUGCCUCCUAAUUUACUGACUUAUUCGACUCUAAUAAGUGUUUAUUUAAAAGGCGGGUUGUACCAAGAAGCUACCGAGAUGUACAAGGAGUUUAAGCAUGAAGGUUUGAAAGCCGAUGUUGUUUUCUAUAGCGAAAUAAUCGAUACCUUAUGUAAGAAAGGGUUCGUAGAAUCUUCCGCUUUGUUACUUGAUGAGAUGACUAAAAAAGGGAUUCAACCGAAUGUUGUAACAUAUAAUUCGAUCAUAAAUGCUUUCGGGCAGUCGGGCGAAACUAGUUUAUCAGUUGAUGAUAAACGCGAAAUUGUGCGUUUGGGAAAUGGUGAUAAAAAGGUUGAUAAUAGAAACGAAGAUCGGAUAAUAAAGGUUUUUGAGCAGUUAGCUUCUGGACAUUUGAAUAUCGGCGAAAAGGGUAGCAAGGAGAUUAUAUGUGUUUUAGGUGUUUUCCGGAAGAUGCAUGAGCUGGAAAUUAAACCGAAUGUGGUGACGUUUUCAGCUAUUUUGAAUGCUUGCAGCCGUUGCAGUUCGUUUGAAGAAGCUUCAUUGUUAUUGGAAGAACUCCGUUUAUUUGAUAACCAAGUUUAUGGUGUGGCCCAUGGGCUUUUGAUGGGCCAUAGAGAAAACGUCUGGGUCCAUGCUCUUUCUCUUUUCGACGAGGUCAAACGUAUGGAUUCUGCAACUGCAUCUGCCUUUUAUAAUGCUUUGACCGACAUGUUAUGGCAUUUUGGACAGAAACGUGGGGCCCAGAUGGUGGUGCUUGAAGGGAAACGUAGACAAGUGUGGGAAAAUACAUGGUCUGACUCUUGUCUAGAUUUACACCUCAUGUCUUCUGGUGCUGCACGAGCCAUGGUUCAUGCAUGGUUGCUAAAUAUAUGUUCGAUUGUUUAUGAAGGCCAUGAGUUGCCUGGUUUAUUGAGCAUUUUAACAGGAUGGGGUAAGCACAGCAAAGUUGUAGGUGAUUGUGCGCUUAAACGAGCCAUUGAAGCCCUUUUGGGUAGCAUGGGGUCGCCAUUUAGGGUUGCUACAUCUAAUAUCGGUAGGUUCAUAUCACCGGGGCCCAUGGUGACUGCAUGGAUGAGAGAUUCAAACACCCCAAAAUUGCUUGUUCUUGAAGAUGAUAGAGCCUACCCUCAAACCUCCAAGUUGCAACCGAUUAUAUUGUAGUUUUGUGUAUUUGUACCCCCUUUCCACCUUUUAGUUGGUAAUUUUGCUUGUGUUAAUAAGGGGGAAUUGACUGUUGUUAGGUUGGUAACAAUUAUACCAACCAUGUAAAUUAUAUUAUAACUUAAAACAGUAAAUUUGUGUUAACAAUC